CCUCUGUACCUUUGCAGUCGUCAUCAAACAACGCAAAAACACUCAAUUCUCAAACACACAACACACAAUGGUUCACUACAUCCUGUCCGAAAACGAUCCUAGGGCUGCUGGUCUUGAAGCUCCUUACAUCAAGUUGUACACUGCUGCAACUCCGAAUGGUUUCAAGGUCACGAUUUUGCUUGAGCUUCUCAAGCUAGACUACUACGUUCGUCCAAUUGACAUCAUGAGCGGAGAAUGUAAGCAAGAUUGGUACCUAAAGUUCAAUCCAAACGGAAGAAUUCCAUCAUUGACCUACGUUGAUGAAAAUGGAGAAGCUAUCCAUAUCAACGAAUCGGCUGCUAUCAUGAUGUUCUUGGCAGACAAAUUCGACAAAGAUUUUAAGUACUCUUUUCCUCACGGAAGCACCGAAUAUUACGAGAUGCUUGAAUGGGUGUUCUUCCAAAUGGCCGGGUUGGGCCCAAUGAAGGGGCAGUACCAUUGGUUCAGCUUCUAUGCUCCACAGAAGGACGAAUUUGCAAUCGAAAGAUACCACAAAGAAACUUUGAGAUUGCUUGGCGUUCUCGAAGAGAGAUUAGAAAGAACCAAGACUGGAUAUUUGGUUGGUGAUCAUUUGAGUCUUGCAGAUAUCGUAUCGUUUCCUUGGAUCCAUUUGAAGAGAUUACAAGAGCUCGAAAACUAUCCAAGAUUGUCUCAAUGGCUUGAUAAUAUCUCCAAAAUUCCAGGGGUUGAAGCUGCCUGCCAAAUUCCAAAGCCUAAAGCUUCAUGAUUUCCCAGACUGCGUAUUUUUGUUUAGCGUACGAAUGUUAUGUAUACGAGUUAUAAUAAUAGUAAAGGUGCUAUUUGUCAGCCGAGUGGGAUAUGACAUGUAUGAGAGAGAUUCGGGCUUGGCUUGUUUGCAGUGAACUUUCACGCAACCUUGUGUUUAACGCCAACAUCAGGAGCUUUAGAUGUAAGUGAAUCGUCUAUUACAUUUAUUUUGUCUAUUUAACUUUUUAUCUAUAACCUUGCGAUGUUUUUAAAGACCGUAU